AUGCCCACUUUACCAACCUUGCUAUUCAUCCCGGGCUCCUGGCAUAAGCCUUCGUGCUACGACAAGAUUACUCGGAUUCUACAGGAGAAGCACGGUUUGAGAUGCAUCUCUGUUACCCUCCCAUCGACGACUGGGGACCCGGCUGCGACUUUUGGAGACGACGUCGAUGCUGCACGCCAGGCGCUAUCCCGUGAGACUGCAAAAGGGCGCAAUGUGGUGGUCAUUGCUCAUUCCUAUGGCGGCAUGGUCGGCAACAGCGUUAUCAAGGGGUUCGCGCCGCCAAGGGACGCUGCCAAGGGCAGCUCCGCCCCAACAACAUCCUCGACCAGUGCCGACCACAGGGACACCCUAUCGGAAGGCCAUAUCAUUGGGCUCGUUCUCAUAGCCUCCGGCUUCACCCUGACUGGGCUUGCUUUCAUGGACCCGUUCUUCGGGCGUCCACCGCCCGGAUGGCGCGUCAACAGCACGACGGGAUACGCCGAGCUCGUCGCCGAUCCCCGCGAGUUCUUCUACCACGACCUCCCCCCGGAAGAAGCAGAGUUCUGGACCUCUCAGCUCACGACGCAAAGCCUCAAAGCCCUGUUCGAAGGGGGCGAGCACGCGUACGCCGGAUGGCAGGAUGUGCCUGUCUGGUAUAUCGGCACCGUCCAAGAUCGGGGAUUGCCGGUGGUGGCGCAAAGGAUGACAGUUGGCAUGGCAAGAGAGAUGGGCGCCAAGGUGGAACACAGAGAGCUCCAGACCAGCCAUUCGCCGUUCUUGAGUCAACCGGAGAACACGGCCAGUAUUGUGAUGGAGGCUGUGGAGGCAUUUGCAGGGACGUCGAUCGAUGCCAAGCCAAAGAGGGGAGUGAGGGCUGAUGAGAGGCUCCCAGUGCCUAGACUAUGGCAGCCUCUGACAUGGGUUCGUUUCGGUCUACCCUUGAUAUUCGGCCGCAUACUUGGGAGAUCGUUUCUUGUUUUUGACUGGGGACGGAGGCUGUUCAGGUCCAAGUAG